CCGGAGCCCACCCAUGCGUCCCGCAGCCCCCGAUGCUCGGCGCUGCUCCGGGGCUUUGCGGUCGGUGGGAGAGGCUCGAGCCGCCGCGGCGGCGACCGCGCGCCGCUAGGAUGCUGCGCCAGGUGUUGCACGCGGGCCUGAGGACCUCCUUCCACGCGCUGGGCCGGUUCGUGGCGGGCCACCCGGUCUUCUUCGCCUCGGCGCCCGUGCUGCUGUCCAUCCUGCUGGGCGCCAGCUUCAGCCGCUACCGCGUGGAGGAGGACGUGGAGAGCCUGCUCGCGCCCAAGCACAGCCUGGCCAAGAUCGAGGGCAACCUGGUGGACAGCCUGUUCCCCGUCAACCGCUCCAAGCACGCGCUCUACUCCGACCUGCAGACCCCCGGCCGCUACGGCCGCGUGAUCGUCACGAGCCGGAAGGGCAGCGUGCUGGACCCCGUUCACCUGGACACCGUGCUCAAGCUCCACAGGCGGAUCUACCAGAUGCAGGUGACGGUCCCGGCCACAGGCUUCAACAGCUUCAACUACUCCUUCUCCUACCUCUGUCUCCCCGAUGACAAGAACGUCUGCAUCAUCGACGACAUCAUCCGCGCGAUGGAGGAGAUCCAGUCGGCCCGCAGCGCCAACCGCUCCGUGCCCGUCCUGCGGUAUCCCAUAACGCAGCUGGCGGACGGCCGCCAGGCGUACAUCGGCCACCAGCUGGGCGGAGUCACCGGCUGGGGCCCCGGCGGGGCGGUGCGCGCCCCGGGGAUGGGGCCCAGGGCCGAAGGCGUCCGUUCCGCCCGGGCGCUGCAGCUCACCUACUACCUCCACGGCCGGGGCAGCCUCAUGGACCGGGUGGCCAGCCAGUGGGAGAAGGCCUUCUGCGCCGAGCUGCAGCACUUUGCGGCGCUGCACCCGAAGCUGGGGCUCUACCCUUCCACCUCCUCCUCCCUGAGGACGGACUUCCAGUUCUCCUCCGUGCUGGCGCAUCGACCCCUGCUGGCCAGCCUGGGGGUGUGCGGGGUGCUGGCCGUCCUCUGCUGCUCCAUGAGGGACUGUGUGAGGUCCAAACCCUGGCUGGGCCUGCUGGCUCUGCUGUCCAUCACGCUGUCAGGCCUCACUGCUGCUGGGAUACUCAACCUGACUGGAGCCACCUACAACUCCACCUACCUGGGCAUCCCCUUCGUCAUGCUCGGUCAUGGACUCUUCGGCUCCUUUGAGAUGCUCUCGUCCUGGAGGAGAACGCGGGAGGACCAGCACGUGAAGGAGCGCGUGGCGAGCGUCUUCGAGGACGUCAUGCUGCGCUUCUCCGGCUCCACCAUGCUCCACCUGAUGACUCUGGGCCUGGCCGCCUCGCCGCUCACCAACAUGGAGGCGGUGCGGCUGUUCUGCCGCACCGCCGCCCUGGCCAUCACCAUCAGCUACGUCUACAUGCUGUCCUUCUACAGCUCCUGCCUGGUGUUCACCGGCUACCUGGAGACCGGGUACCGACACGGCUGCUUCUGCCGCCGGGUCCCCAAACCGGACCGGCUGGACUCCAAACCCGCCUGGUACCGCUGUCUGAUGUACACUCGCUACCAGGACGAGACCCAAACCACCAACCUGCCGCACGGGGUGGGUCACGCCCACGCUCACACGCCAGAGCCCAACUUGACUCACGUGCACACGGCGAACAACCCGGGCGUUCACGGGCACAUCGCCAACUCCACACACUCACACCCGCAUACACACUCCACCGCAAGCAUGGACCCUCAUCCUCAGGACUCGCACCUUUUGCUGGGUUGUGUGCGGCGUUGCUAUGGAGACUGGAUCACUAAUACCUACGUGAAGCCUUUCGUGGUCCUGCUCUAUCUGGUUUACAUCUCCUUUGGACUGAUGGGCUUCCUGCAGGUGACCCAGGGUUCAGACCCCAGUGCACUGGUUGCCAUGGAUACAGCAACAGUAUUGUACACUCGCGCCCAGCAGCGUUACUUCAGUUCAUACUCCCCGGUCAUCGGGUUCUACAUCUACGAGAGCGCCCCCUACUGGAACGCCUCCGUGCAGCGGGACCUGCUGGAGUACGCCAAGGGCUUCCAGAGGAUCAGCUGGUUGGAGGCGUACCUGAACUACCUGUCGGACCACAACCAGUCCACCAGCCAGCCGCGGGAGAACUUCACGCGCACGCUGCGCCAGUCCUUCCUCCGCGAGCCGCAGUUCGCGCACUUUGCCGACGACAUCAUCUUUGCCGAGCGCGGGCAGGGCGAGGAGCCCGACGUGGCGGCGUCGCGCAUCUUCCUGGUGGCCAAGACGACGGAGAACAAGCGGGAGGAGAUGUCGGUGCUGCUGGACACGCUGCGACGCCUGUCUCUGACCUCGCGCGUCCGCUUCCUCAUCUUCAACCCCUCGUUCGUCUACCUGGACCGCUACGCGGCGGCGGUCAGCUCGCCCCUCAGACACUCGCUGCUGGCGGUGCUGUUCCUGCUGGGCCUGUCGUCGCUGGCCGUGGUGGAGCCGCUGGUGUCCGUGUGGCUGGGCCUCACCCUGCUGUCGGUCCAGUUCGGGGUGCUGGGGUUCAUGACCCUGUGGGGCGUGGAGCUGGACUGCAUGUCCGUGCUGUGCCUCAUCUCGGCUCUGGGCCACUCGGCGGACUGCAGCAGCCCCCUGCUGUGCGGCUUCGCCUCGGGCCGGGGCGAGAGCAGGACUCGCUGGGUGAGAGUGGCGCUGGAGCGGCACGGCGUCCCCUCCUUACAGACGCUCAUCUGCUACAGCGCCGCCCUGGUGCCUGUCGGCUCCGUCCGCUCCAACCUCACCCGCACACUGUUCCGCUGCCUCACCCUCACGGCCGGAUGCUCGGCCCUGCACACGCUUGCCUUCCUGCCCACCCUCCUUACCUUCCUGCCCCCCUCCAAGACCCGCGGCCACCGGCCUGGCGGAGGGGAGGGCCAGAGACAGGAAGUGGAGUGCGUUGAAAUGAACGACAGCACCAGGGUGGUUGACCAGAUCACCACCGUUUGAGAAUCAGGAUGAUUGUUGUUGGUUCAAAAAGAGAAAUAAGUGCAUAUUAAAAGUAGCAGAGAGUUAAAAUGUUUGGAAAGGCGGGGGACAUUCCAAGGAAUCUCAUAUCUUCGUGUUUACCUGCUUGUUGUUAGCACUGUUUGGCAUCUGAAUGAGGACUUUUUUUCACUCCAAGCAGCUGAGGA